UUCUGAAACCACCAUUUUCUAAAAGCUCUCUCACUUCUUUAGAUCUCUCUAAUUCCCAAUAAAUCAUUCAAGUCCCUAGAUUCUGUUGCAUGGUGAACCCAAUUCGGCAAUUCGAACAUUCAGGUUUUGUUCAAGAUAAAUUGUUAUAAAAGAGAAGGCAAUGGGUACAGUACAUGAAAAACUAGAUGAAGCCAUGGCUGAGAUUGAGAAGCUCAGGGCAGAGUAUAAAAUCAAAGCAGAAUCAUCUGAGAACUUCAAAAGAGCUUAUAAUGAGCAAUUGACCAAGAUCAGGGAUGCAAGUUCUAAAGUGGAUAAGCUCACCCUGGACUUGAGUCUGAAAGAAGAUGAGCUAUCUGUUGCAAAGCAGGCAUAUGAAGAACUGAAGUCAAAUCUGAAAGACAAAGAAGCUGCCAUCAAGUCUCUAAGAUCAGCAAACGAUAGGCUUCGCGCUGAUUGUGCCGAGAAGCUGAAGAAAUUUGAAGAAGAGAACAGAAGCAUGGGAGUGGCAUUAGAUGAGACAAAUGCAGCAAACAUGGAGCAAGAGCAGCAGAUACAGACACUCGGGAAUGAAAUCGAUAGGCUGAGGAAAUUGGCAAUGGCGUCGCAGAAAAUGUCUUGUGAAGUCGAGAAAAGAACGAGAGCCUCCAAAGAGCUGAGACAGAGAGAUGAUGUGCUGCUCAAGUUAGAGGAGGAAAAUAGAGAGCUGGAAGAUCAACUUAAAUGGAAGAAGGAGCAGUUUGGUCAUCUGGCCGAUGCUCAUGAGAAGAUUCGGCAGCAAUUUCGCGAGAGGGAGAAAGAGUGGGAGAAGGAGAAAGAUACACUGUUUAAUGAGAUCUCUACAUUGCAGUUGAACUUGGAUUCCCAGAUAAGGAUUUCAGAAGGCCUUCAAAGCAGAUUGCAGAUGUGUAAUCAAGCUUUAGCUCAUGAAGAAAGCAGGAGAAAAACCCUGGAAGUUCAACUCUCAGAAUCUAAAACAAGCCUUGACAAUGUUUCUGCAGAAUACAAGGAAGCCAAGUCAAGAACUGAGAGUUUAACUAAUCAAAGGGAUAAAGAAAUUGCAAAUCUAAGAGAUGCGUUGGGUACAAGGGAGGCAAUAUACAAGGAAACAGAAUACCAGUUCAGAAAGCUAGAGCAAGAGAACCGGGAGUUGAUGACAUCCCUCAAAGAACUCCAGGAGUCUGGAAUCAACGACGCUGGACAUUCUUCAUUGCCAAAUCUCAGAAACAAGCUCAAAGGUUUGGAGCAGGCGCAUGGAGCGUGUUCAGCACAUCUCAAAGCCAAAGAAUCUGAAUGGGUUUCUCAGUUGGAGGGUUUGGCCGGGGAACUUGACUGCUGCAAGCAUGAGUUAAAGAACAAAAACACUUUAAUAACCAAUCUUCAGGAUGAGUUACAAGCUUGCCAUUCUUUAGUGUUUGACUUAGCAUUGCAGAAUGAGGAGACUUCUCUGAUGUUAUUGGUUUUGAGAUCACACCUCUCAGAGGUACAUCAGAAGCUAGCCGCUAAUACCUACGCUGCCAUAGAUCUGACAAACAAAGAGGAGCAGAACAUUUCUACACUAAAACAAUUAGAUCAGAAGAACAGUGAUCUUGUUAGAACAGAAAAGGAUCUUGAAGAAGAACGCGAAAAGGUGGCAAUGUUAUUAUCUAGGGUCGAGUCCUUGAAUUUGAUUGAAGAAGAACAGCUUCCGUUACAGAUAGAGGUUGAUAUACUUAAAGAAAUGCUCAAAGAAGCGUCAACACAUCAAGUGCAUCUGAAGGAGCAGGUGCUGAAAACAAAGAGUGAAUUGAAAGAAGCAAAAGAUGCCUUGGAUAGAGCAGAUGAAGAACUAGCUGAAAGUUAUUACGAGGGAAAAGUAAUCGAAUCUGAAUUGCAAAUAUGGAGAUCUGUUGCUGAAAGGUUACAAUCUAGCCUCGAUGAAAACCACCAAGUGCGCAGAGAAGUAGAAGCUUCGCUUUUUGCACAGGUGGAUGUGGAGUUUGAGCUCAGAUGGGAAAAAGAUAGGCUUGAGCACAUUCUAGUGAAUAAAGAAGAAGAAAUAAAAGAGCUCCAAGAGCAAAUUGUGUUACUGAAUGAGAAACUCAAUAAAAGGGAGACAAGGGCACUUCAAUCUCCACUCGGCAAGAAAAACUCACAGGAUCUUCACAAAGAGCUGGAGUGUUUUGAAGAAGAGUGGUUGAGAAAAGAACUCGAAAAAGCCAUUUUAGCACAGGUAGAAGCAGAGGGAUACCAUAAGAAAGAGAAGGAAAAUCUCCACCACAGAAUACAGGAUCUCCAGAACCUCGUCAGUUUGCUGGAACUAGAGACUGAUAUGUUCCACAAAACAUGGGAGACAGUCAGAGAGGCUUUGGUACUGAAAGAGAUUGAAGUCCAAGAAAAAAGUAUGAUUAAUUUGGAGCUGGAAAAUGAUUUAAACACUUUGCAAGAAAAAGUUACCAACCUGACAUCUAAGCUUGAGAGGCUGACAUGCAGUUCAGAUGUCGCAAUGGAGAAGCUUAUGGAUGAGAAAGCAAAGGCGGUGGAAGAUGCGAGGAAGCUGUCAUCAGAUAGGGAAAUACUGCUGGAUAUGUUUAUGAGAUUGUCAAAUAGGAUAAGCCAGCUAUCCAUGGAAGACAUGGAGUUAACUAAUGAACUGGGAAGAAUCAUGCAGACUUGUGGGGGAUUCGGUCUAGACAUGAAAAGGAUCAAUAAAUUCUUUGAUCCUGCAAAAGAGAACCUGAACAUAUGCUCUUCUCCAACUAGGAAAGUUGAAGCUGCCAUGGUUGAAGAUAGAUUGCCGUUCAGAGCUAUCAACGACUAACUGGAUGUUGUUGGGCUUACAGGAGCUGUUUUUAUUUAGCUUCUCCUCAUCUAUCUUACAAGAGUCGAUAGUUUUUUACGACGUUGGUUCUUUGUGUAUAUCAUAUUCUUCAUACAAUUGUCUUAUGGUUAUUGUUGCUGGAAUCAUAAAUUUAUCUGUUUUUAUUUUA